AUGGGUAUGGAAGUUCCGCUCCAAAUUUGUCGGAAAAACGAGACAGCUAUAGAUACCAUUGAUGCUUUCACAACUUCAGAGAGAUUUGUCACACGGGAAGAAGUUAUCCGUUGGGUUAAAGAGACCGGAAUCAACAAUAAAGUGACCGUUAUUAUCGCGCGUUCAGACACCGAAACAGGCAAAAGAGGAAGAAGUAACAAAGUGAUAUUUGGGUGCGAUAAAUGUGGAAAAUAUAAGGAUAAAAGUGAGACUCAAAGUGCUACUAAGAGAUGUGGAUGUCCAUUCAAAAUCAUAUCGACUCCGGCAAAAGAUGGGUCUGGAUGGAAGGUUGAUGUAAAAUGUGGAGUUCAUAAUCAUGGUUUACCAGAUAGAUUAGAAGGUCAUUCAUUUGUUGGUAGGUUGACAACUGAUGAGAAGCAGCAUGUUGCUGAUUUGACAAAGAGACAUGUUCCGCCUAGACACAUAUUGAUUUCCUUGCAAGAGCGAGAUCCUGAGAACGUCACUCGGAUCACGCAAAUAUACAAGCAUAAGAGUGUGAUUGAAGCGGAGAUAAUAGGUCCAAGAAGUGAGAUACAACAUUUGCUUAAGCUUAUAGAGGAGGCGAACUAUGUUUAUUGGAGUAGGAAACGAGAUGAUUGUGAAGUUGUGAGAGAUAUUUUUUGGGCUCAUCCAGAUUCGGUAAAGUUGCUGAAUCGUUUUCCUACUGUCUUGAUUAUGGACGCCACUUAUAAGACCAACAAAUAUCGAUAA